AUGAAGCUCGUCAGGUUCUUGAUGAAAUGCACCAACGAGACCGUCACCAUUGAGCUCAAGACGGGCACAAUCGUCCAAGGCACAAUCGCCUCCGUCUCACCACAAAUGAACACCAACCUCCGCAACGCCAAGAUGACCCCGAAAGGCGGCUCGCAGAUCAGCCUCGACCACAUCUCCAUCCGCGGCAGCGAAAUCAGAUAUUACAUCCUUCCAGACUCGUUACCACUUGACACGCUCCUCAUCGACGACACACCUAAGCCGAAGAACAAGGCGCGGAAGGAGCAGGAUAAGAGUGCCGCUGCUGGUGGCCCGGGUGGCAUGAGAGGUGGACGAGGAGGACCGCGUGGUGGUGGUAGAGGUAGAGGUCGGGGCAGGGGACGUGGAAGGGGGUUCUAG